CGGUCCAUUCACGGUCACACUGGUUGAGACGAGUCAAGAGGAAUUUGCAGCGUAAAAGUCGAAUUUCAAGCCACUGAAUCAUGCGCCUAUCCUCGAUCCUGAAUGGCCAGCACUUUGGCAACUUGGCCAAGGUGCAUGGAAUAGUCACCUACAAACUGUCUCCCUUCGAGCAGCGCGCCUUCGCUGGAGCGAUCAGCAAGGGACUGCCCAACAUGGUGCGUCGCUUCCGUUCCAACAUCUUCAUCGUGGCUCCCCCCUUCAUCGUUGGAUACCUGGUCUACGAUUUGACCGAGCGCAAGCACGCCGCCCUGCUCCGCAAGAACCCCGCUGACUACGCGAAUGACGAAUAAUUGCCCAACUAGCAAAUAGUUAUGUUAAACUAAUUAAUAAAACUAAACCCACAGUUCAAAAGAGUUGUGUGUUUCGGUUGCUGGAAGGCUAAAA